AUUUUCUAAAAGUUGGUUUUAAAAUGUGUUACGUGUUUCUAGCCGGCAGUAAGGAAGAAUUUAGUGUGCAUUCCAGCGAGACGCGUUCCAGUCAGGAGGCCUAGAACGUGGGAGCUUCAAAAUCCAACCGAAACGUAACGUCAUAUUAGCCCGACUUUGCUCGACAUCAUCAAUCACUGGAGCGCGGUAACACGGUGGCAGUGCGUACAAACGAAACGGAAUGUUGGUCCGCUUUAUGGAAGAAAAUCCAGACAUCUACAGUCACCUCUGGUAACUGACGUAUCGCAUCAUUUGCACGAAACUUUCUCCAUUCGCAUCGGUGCUUGGUCCGUUCGGCUAGCGGCAGCGCAACAUUGAACCGUUUGUUUACGUACGUACCUGGCACUGGCUAAUGUGUCUGGCGGGCGGUGGUCGCCCUGGCUGGUGGUAAAGAAGGCAGGCAAUCAGCGAAGAAUGCCGUCGCCGUUCCUGGAGUCUCACUGCGUUUGUGGCGAACGAUAAUCUAGUGAUCUGCGUGAUCGUUUCCAUCAGGCGAAAGGAACACACUUAUCGUACAGAUGUGAAGUACCGUACUCAAGGGAAUGUGGUGUUCAGAACUAUUACAACAAAAAAACCGUACCGUAUUGAAAGCAGCAGCAAGCACAGUAUUUUAUCCGGACCGUACUUCGCAGCAUUUGAUUGCAAAUCAUCGUGUAAAUCAUCAUACCGGAUUGUGCCACAUAUUAAUGCACAUUAAUCAUGGAUAGCAGUGAAGCGACAGGAAGCACAACCGUAGUACGCAAAGGUGGCGCUGAACGCUUGCAUCGAAAGGGGUAUCCGUUUGCGCCAAGAGCGGGCCCUAGAACGAUGGACACGGACGGACGCACUGGACAAUCUUGGUCUGCAGCUCUCUAGUACCGUGACACGCUGGCUACUGUACGGUACCGUCGUACCCUCCGUCCUUUCGUCCCACUACCAGCAUCGCCAGCACGCCGCACAUUCCGCCACACACAGUCGCCACCACGUGCGCAAACCGAGACGCAAAAUGUCAUCGACGGAAAGCGGGGGCAGUGGUGAUGGUGGCGCCGGCAGCAACAGCAGCAACAGCAGCAGUCCCAAACUGCCCUCACCCAGCCGCCGAACGUACCGGCGUGGGCGUGAUCUUCAGCGUACGUCAACGGCCACGUCUUCGUAUUCGUCGGCCGGUUCCAUUACGUCCAUACUGUCUAGCCUGUCGUCGGUGAACAGUGCCGCCGGUGGUCAGCCACAUUCCCAGCGCAAACAGCGCCGUCACAAGCGACGGACGGCCAGACCCGCCCCGGCGGCGGCGGGUGGUACGACGACCGGUAGUAAGUCCGGUUCGGAAAGCAAAGGUGAAAGCACGAGACGACGAUCGCGAAAAACGAUGACCAACAAAGCGACCGCCGAUACGCGAUGGACCGACGAAAGCCGGUCCGAUUCUUCAGAACAUUCCAUUGAGGGACCAGUGUCGAUGCCAUGGUUCGGCAUGGACAUUGGCGGUACGUUGACGAAGUUGGUGUACUUUGAGCCGAAAGACAUCACACCGGGCGAACUGGACCAGGAGGCCCGGAUUUUGCGCAACAUUCGGCGCUACCUGACGAAAAAUUCCGCCUACGGCAAAACCGGUCACCGGGACAGCCACCUGCAGAUGGACGAUGUGGUGAUCCGUGGCCGUCGUGGCUCGCUACACUUCAUCCGCUUUCCAACGUCGGAAAUGCUGAGCUUUCUGAAGCUCGCCAAAUCCAAAGGCAUGGCCCAGCUGGUGACGACCGUGUGUGCGACCGGGGGCGGUGCCUUCAAGUUCGAGGACGACUUUCGGCAGCACGUCAACAUGAAGCUGGCCAAGUUCGACGAGCUGGACGCGUUGAUCAAGGGCAUCCUGUUUACCGAAACGCACAACAAAUGUGAAUGCUACUUUUGGGAGAAUGCCAAUGAGAUUAGUAGUACGAAGAAAAAGUUUGACUUUAGCCAACCGUACCCGUUUAUACUGGUGAACGUCGGCUCGGGCGUGUCGGUGCUGGCGGUGCGUGGUCCGGACAACUACAAGCGCAUCUCCGGUACGAGCCUGGGUGGCGGAACAUUCCUGGGCCUGUGCUGUCUGCUCACCGGCUGUGAAACAUUCGAGGAAGCAAUACAAUUAGCGACGAAGGGUGAUCAUACGAAAGUAGAUAAGUUAGUUAAAGACAUUUACGGCGGUGACUACGAGCGGUUCGGGUUGCCCGGUGAGUUGGUCGCAUCAAGCUUCGGACAGAUGCAUCUACCGGAACGAAGGCAGAGCGUUAGCAAGGAGGAUCUGGCCCACGCUAUUCUUGUGACGAUCACCAACAACAUCGGUUCGAUCGCACGUAUGUGUGCGAGUAAUGAGAAGAUCGAGAAGGUUGUGUUCGUGGGCAACUUCCUGCGUGUGAAUCCGAUAUCGAUGAAGCUGCUAGCGUACGCGAUGGAUUACUGGUCGAAGGGAACGCUCAAAGCCUUGUUCCUGGAGCACGAAGGCUACUUCGGUGCUGUCGGUUGCCUUUUGCAGUUCAACGGAGAGCUGCACGCACAAGUCGGUGAUUUACUUACAUAGAUUAGUAGAUAGCAGUAACGUAACGCAAGGAAGAGAAGGAACCAGAGAGAAGGCGAUGGUCACCAUCUGUCAUAUACUGCGCCUUCUCUUGGUUUCAUUUUGCGCACUAGUGUAGCUUGUUCGUUGGUUCGUUCGUAAUAGAAUUUGUGUUGGUAAGGUAAAGUAAACGGUUUUAUUAUGGCCAAAGGCUUCCGGGAAAGCUUCAUAAAAACGUACCGUGGGUCUCAAAUUCAGUUUUCUUCAUCUGUUUAUUUGACCAAGAGUCAAAGCCAGAAUGUGGCCGAUAAUGGAAAAGGCUUAUAACCCACCUUACACACGCUCACAAAAGGAAAUCAUGCACGACUACUGUAAGCUUCUCAAUCAAUCAAUGUAUCCUUGCAAUAGGAACGAAUCUAUUCGUCGAGGUAGAGUGUAAGGCAAGCAUUGCUACAAUGCUGUUAGGAUUUAAACGUAACAAAUGUUGAGAGAGCGAGAAAAAACCCACAUCAUAUUGAAAUGAUGUCCUCCCAACUCCGUUAGCGACGCUUGUUGUAUCCGUCGGUUUGUCCGUAAAUGAGCUGUGAGAAAACGCGUGUAACAAAACAAGUAUCAAACAUGGUAGCAAAUAUUACAUUGUUUUUAAGGUUGGCUUUCGGUUUUUAUUCAUGCUUGCAUUCUGCCGCUCAAAAGUUGUUGAGGGACAAGCAAAUCAAUACAAUCAACUUUUACGCCCUGUCGUUCCCGUUGGAAUGGAGUGGAUGCUAACAAAACCCAUGACCAUCGUUCAUGCCCCGACAAACUAUUUACAUCGAGUGAGAUUCCUUAAGCGGGGUGCGGAUUACCACAGCUCAUAAUUAGGCGUUAUUCGGAACCAGGUAUUUGUUUUUAGGUAUAGUAGGGAAGCGGCACCGGGUUUGGAGAUAAAUUAAACAAGUAAAAACGAUAAGAAAACGAGCUAUAGAUAGAUGGGACAGGUGCUCAUUGUGGGAUUAAUGUUAUUGCUACUAUUAUUAAUAUUAUUAUUUUAUUUCUUUAGUAGAAGUUGAACAAACGAUCGGCAAUGCUAUAUCAUUUGAGUUCAGAACUCAAACGGCGGCUACUCUUACCUUUGUUUCGAAAAUCGUAGAUACCGAACGCGAGAGUAAAAUCGAAGGUUCUCUAGGAUGUAUUCGUUUGAUCUUUUCUCCUGCAGACUGCUAAAUGACAAAAGGGGUAGAAAAGAUGUCAGGAAACAGUUUCGUGCGGAACGCUUGGAACAGUGAGAAAAACGAAAUUGAAUAUAUGGCCAACCACUAGCUGCUACUUUUACACAAAACACAAACUUUACAAACACUAAAGCAUAAAAUAAUAACGAAACCAGAUACGUAUCACCGGGGGUGAGGGUGUGUGCGUGUUGGCUAAGUUGGCUAAGGCUGCUCAAACUCUCAAACGCCUAAAAAUGCCUAAAAGUGUGCUGCAUCAAUUCGCCUCAAACGAAGCACACGCAUCAGACGCAAACGACGCAAGUGCAGACACGAAAGGAAAGCGUGGAGGAAAUUUUACUACUGAACAUGAGAAACGGAAAACUCUAUUAAAGCGCGCGCCCCCCUUAUUAGCCAAUAGUCCAAUACACGAUGAGCCAGGAAGAGGACGGUAUCGGAAUCAAUUUAAAGAACAACAAAAACAAGACAGUUUUGAUCGCGUUCGAUCAUUGCUAAACAAUUUUCCACUAUUGCUUUAUACAGUUAAUAAAAACCAAAUGAAAUAUAUAUA